GGUUGGAGCAGUAGCCUCAGUAGCAAGCGACUCUCUCCUUCUUCGGAUAGACACUGGGCCCUUCCUCAAAACAUUCAGGAAAGCUCUUGAGUGAGUGCUGGUAUCUGCAGGCAUCGGCUUUUGGGGGAAGGAGGAGAUUCUCCUGCUCUCUGGAGGCAGAAACUGUUCGACUCAUGUUUUCUUUGGAUCACAGAAGAAUUGCUCGGAGGGAACAUUCACUCCUUCCUCUCUACUUCUCCUGAAAUGACAAGCUUGCUCAUUGCUCUGAAAUAGCUAACCCACCCCGGUGCAGUCACGCAGCUGAUCACUAGCACUCGGGGAGAGGGGCUUGCGUGAAACCUGGCGAGCAGUUCUGUGUCUGCAAUGAAGUGGCCUCUCCUGUGCAACAUGUUCAGCGUUGGCAGGUACAGCAUCCCGAGACCUGUCACCAGGAAUCUGGAGGAUCUGGACUCAGUGCAAAGUAUCCUACUGCACAGCGACCUUGAGCCUGAAUGGUUGGACAGUGUGCAGAAAAAUGGGGAAUUAUUUUAUCUAGAACUGAGUGAAGGUGAAGAAGAAACUCUUCUUCAAGACAGUUCUUUGGAGGUGCCUGCAGUGAAUCAUGUCAGGUUCCGUGACAAUGAAGCUGAGGUAAUUCAAGAGGGACCACGAAAAGAAAGAAAGUAUGAACCCAGACUGAAAAAAAUCACCAAAAUUUUAAAAAAGAAAAGCCUUUUACCAAAGCAUUCUGGUAAGAAAGGAACUGGUGGUAGUUGUGGGCAACCUUCUGGCCCAACCUCCAUACUGAAACACCAAUCCACUCAGAAGGUGGGAGUCAUAGUCCAGCAACAGUACAAAGAUGUAUGUGUUUAUAUAAAUCCAAAAAGACUACCCAACGAUGGAGCAAGGGAAAAACUCAAGCUUCUGGAGGCAUUGGUAGGGAUUGUUCAUCAGUCUUCAUGGAGCAGCAGAAGAGCUGAAAAGCAAGAACAAGACAGAAGCAACAAAGGGAUCAAUGAAGAGAAGCUUGUAGUUCAUGGCUUGGUCCCAGGCAGCUCAGCCAUAAAAACAGGUCAAAUCUUGAUUGGAGAUGCCCUUGUUGCUGUAAAUGAUGUUGAUGUGAAUGCUGAGAAUAUAGAAAGGGUUUUGUCUUGCAUUCCAGGCCCUAUGCAGGUGAAACUUACAUUUGAAACUUCAGUCUUUGAGCAUGAAGGAACAUCUCAACAAAGGUAUAAACAGGCACAGUCCGCUAUGAACAAUCUCGUCAAACUUCUAUGGGGAGAAGAUAAUAUGGACCUUCAGCUGGCUAUCCAAGGCAUGCCUCAUAUUGUUAUGUACCUCACGCUUAAAUUGGACUCUGAAACAUCUAAGGAUGAGCAAGAAAUUCUUUACCAAUACCCCAUAUCAGAAGCAUCCCAAAAGCUGAAAAGUGUGAGAGGAAUAUUUCUCACUCUCUGUGAUAUGCUGGAAAAUGUGACUGGAGCCCACAUUAUCAGCUCAUCCCUUUUUUUAUGUGGGAAACUGGUUCAGGUGGUUUACUGGAAAGAAUCUGACAAGUUGCUUGUGAUUGGCCUUCCUGCGGAAAGGACCCUGCUUAUCAACACUACUUAUCUUGAGAUCCAUUAUAAAGGACUGAACUUUGCAAAUUAUGUACCUCUUUCUCAGCUAAGGAACAUGAUUACAGAUGUUGUCAGAACCUUAAAAUUUAUGUAUGGUUCUUUGGACAGUGCUUUUUGCCAGGUGGAAAACGUUUCCCGCUUGGAUCAUUUUUUCAACCUGUUCUUCCAGCGAGCAAUUCAGCCUGCCAGACUCAACUCGAACACCAGCCCCAGUGCUCAGCACAAUGAUAGCUGCAGUGCAUUGUUUUUAGACAAUCUCCCAGGGGUACGCUGGCUAACGCUGCCACAAGAAAUCAAGAUGGAAAUUGACACAGCACUGAGUGAUUUGGAAGCAGCUGAUUUUGCAGAGCUGUCUGAAGAUUACUAUGACAUGAGACGGUUGUAUAUGAUUCUGGGCUCUUGUCUCUUCUAUAAGGGCUAUUUGAUUGGCAAUCACUUACCAAAGGAGGAUCUUAUUGAUAUAGCUUUAUAUAGUCGACACUAUUGCCUGUUAUCCUUGGCAGCAGAACAGAGGAUUGGUCAGUUAGUGAUAUGGCGAGAAGUAUUUCCACAUCAUCACCUCCAAUCAAGUGAAGCUUCAGGUGUUACAGGAUACAGGGAGCCUAAAGCAAGAUACUUUUUACUAAUAGUUGGUUUGAGACACUUUAUGCUGUGUGUUUUGCUGGAGACAGGGGGCUGCACCUCCAAAGCCAUUGGGAAUCCGGGACCAGAUUGUAUAUACGUUGAUCAGGUCAAAGCAACUAUACUUCAGUUGGAAGGAAUAGAUUCCAGCAUAGAGGAAAGAUUAGAAUCUCCUGCCAUUCCAUGUCUGUCUUGUGCUGACUGGUUCCUUCCUGCAUCACGUGACAAACUGGAAAGCUUUACAACCCCACCCAUCCUCAGUAAACUGCAAAAUACUUCCAAAAUCGCAACCUCUCCAACAAACAAGAGAACACUCUUCACUGACUCCUCCUUAAGGACACGUAAGCCCAGUCCCUCAAGGAGUAGUGGAGGAUCUGACAAUGGCAGUGAAGGUCCUGAAGAAGGUGGAGGCCUUAACCUACUUGCUACAGUAGAUCAGGUCCGAAAGCAUGAACUAAAAGAAUCCCAAGGUUUUGGCGGGUCUGCGGGAAGUGGUAGCUUGUUCAAGGUCACUAAAAAGAAACAUACCCUUCCAAAUCCUUUUCAUUUAGGAAACCUGAAAAAGAAUCUUUCAGAGAAAGAUACAGAACUCUAUAAUGCUGUCAAGUUGACAUCUGGUCCUGAGAACACCCUCUUCCACUAUAUUUCUUUAGAAACAAUGCAAGGAAUCUUUAUUACUCCUACGCACAAAGAAGUACAACAGCUCAGUGGAUCCAUCCACCCUCAGCUAAUCAAGAAUUUUCAUCGUUGCUGUCUUUCAAUUCGCUCCAUUUUCCAGCAGGCUGUGAUGAAAGAAAAAAAGAAAAAUGCAGACAGUGGGAGCAAUUCAGAUUCCAGAAAAGCAAGUUCUGACCUCAGUCUAGUGAGAGAACAUGGGAUUUUGUUUGAGUGUUCCCCUGAUAACUGGACUGACCAGAAGAAACCACCACCAACUAUGACUUACUGGGUUGUAGGGAGACUCUUCCUACAUCCAAAACCUCAGGAGUUUUAUGUCUGUUUUCAUGAUUCAGUCACAGAAGUUGCUGUUGAACUGGCUUUUAAACUGUCCUUUGGCUUAGCUACAUAGAUGUGCUUCCUGACUAAACAGCAGUCUUGAACAGUGCUGGAAUCCAUCUAAAGCACUUAAAUAUAACCAGAAAUGGAGUAAAUUGUGAUGCCCUUCUGUGUGUUCUUUUGAAGUGCUUUAAAAAGAUAAAUCUGCCUUGUGAACUAGCUCUGUUAAACACUGAAGUAACACGUUAUUGCUGAUUUACUACAUCAUCAGCUACCUACGGGAGAUGAUGUUUUUGGGAGAAGCAAAAAAUAUUAAUUUUAGAUACAGUCAAAUGGAUCAUGAUGAAUAAAAAGAUGGAAUUACUUA